GCAAGCACAUCGCGCCAGCAGCAGCGGAAGGGAGUAGGUUUUUACUCGGGGCCACAUCGUUUUUAAUGCCGGUCUGUCCGGCUACAUACACACGAAACGAGGGGACUCGACGGCGCUAAAAGGAGCUGCGCCGUUUUUAAAACUCCCUCAGAGCACUUCACGACAGGUAUCGAAGACGCGCGUGCAGCGGGAACUUUGCUCCUCAAGUCGCGCGAUUCCACAGAUAAAGUUCACCGAGUCUGUUGGCCUCGUUUUAUCCUGCACUUGCUUCUCAACACAAACUUUGAAAUAACGUCAGCUUCCUUAAAAAAAAAAAAAAAAAUCCUGGUGGGUCCUGACGGCAAGAAUACGAGAGGAGGACAGCAGUGGAUGUGUUAACAAUGGAUGUAAGAGUUUACCCGCCUCCCCCUCAACUUCUGGCCGCCUCAGAUCACACCAAGCUCGGCCAGUUCUCCUGCCCUGACCCGGCCUUUGGAACCGACAAGCUGAAUGGAGACACCAUGUUCAUGGGACUGUCACAAGCUGGCCUUGAGUUUGCCUCAGACAAUCAGUUCCGUGUACCACAGCCACCUCAUUUUCUCAGCAAGGUGACGUCUCCCAGCCCCCCCUCACAACAGUGGAGGAGGGACACCCACAUGGCUAGCACACACUGCCUGCCCUGGUCAUACUCAGUAGGUGGAUUGGGAGACGAGGACUUCAACAUCCCACCUAUCACUCUUCCCACUCUGCCAGACCACAUGUUGACCUCGCAUGAUUCCCCCUCUGGACCAUACCACCCUCUGAACCCCUCAUCUGGCUCAUCUGCACAACACCCCUAUCAGCUGCGGGCUAUGGAGUUGCCUGGCAUGGCUGCUAGCCAAGUUGGCACUGUGAUAAUGAACCAUGAUGGGGACACAUUCGCCCCAGAUGGAGGCCCAGUGACCAGUACUUUAUCCGUGAUGCAGCAGAUGGUGAACUCUGAUUCUCGGUAUACCAGCAGCCAACAACCAAUGGAAGCAGCACUUGGACCAAGGACCCAUCUGGGCUUGAGCCAACAAAGCCAAUUGACCACUAUCAACCAAUCCCAUCUUGGGAUAAAUGGGAACUAUGCCACCCAUAAUUCCCCCUCAUCUCCAGGAAGUAAAUCUGCCACACCUUCUCCCUCCAGCUCAAUACAUGAGGAUGAAACUGAUGAUGCAUUGAAGCAGGGUAGUGGAGGAGAAAAGAGGCCAGCAACAGUGGACAUCUGUAAGAAACCUAAAACACCAAAGAAAAAGAAGCGAAAGGACCCGAAUGAGCCAGUGAAGCCAGUGUCUGCAUACGCCCUGUUCUUUAGGGAUACCCAAGCCAACAUCAAGGCCCAGAAUCCAAAUGCCACCUUUGGGGAGGUUUCAAAGAUCGUGGCCUCCAUGUGGGAUGGCCUAGGAGAAGAACAGAAACAGGUAUACAAGAAGAAGACGGAGACGGCUAAGAAGGAGUAUCUGAAACAACUUGCUGCGUACCGUGCCAGUCUGGUCUCACAGAGUUACAGUGACCCAUCUGAAAUGAAGCCGCUAUUUUCUUCUCCCACACCAUCUUCCUCUUCUACCUCAAUGUUUACACCCAAAGCUUCAGUCUAUCCCGUUCACUCUUCCUCCAGCUCACUCACCCACCCUCAUCCUCUUCCUCCCUCACAGCACCCAGGAAUGUUCCUCCCACACCCCCACCCUUCACAAUCUCCCCGGACCUCGAGUCCAAGCCUCAGCUGUCAUCUGCCACCUCCACACACCCAGAUGCAUCCCCAGCUCCAUGGUCUGUCCUCCAGAGGGACUGAGGCCCACCCCAGUGUCCCCCACCAGGGAUCGUUGUCCCUUGGCAACAUAGCAGCAGCAUCCACCCCUCCUCUCCAGGUCAGCCCUCCUCUGCACGUCCCAGCAAAUCUGGGAGGGCUGCACAGUCCACAUCAGCAGCAUCAGCAACUUAGUGGACACUCAGUGGGAAUGGCACACCUGUCUGCUAUCACACAGGGGUACCCACCAUCCAUGCAGUCUGACUACCAGCCUACAGGGGGCAGUAUGUUUCACAGCGGAGCAAUGAUUUCACCAUCGGUGGACUACCACCAACUGGGUCGACACACACCCAGCCACCAGCACCCACUCUACUGGACUUCUGAUUUCCAUGGCAAUGGAGGUCUUCAGAGAGACACACCGCUGUUCCUGAGCUAAUCUAAGGACAUGCCAAACAUCAGCCACCCCUUUCUACUGCCACUCUGUGGAACCCCAGAAACGGACUCAGUACCAACUCCAAGUCACUCAGACUAACAUUUCAGACAAAAAUAAAAAAUAAUAAAGGGGUGGGGUGGAUUUUCAAAAACAUGAUAAUCUGCUGCUGCAGCAUCGUGUAAGCCUGAGAGGAAAGAUAAAAAGUCAAAUUAAAUCUGUAACUUUCCACAGAGAAUGUCUGUUGUGUCAUGUAACCCAUAACAGUUUUCAUGUAAUUCUUCACAAAAUCACGUCAGUCGAAUGACGAUGGCUGAAAUCAGGCUGCUUCAUAGAACAGCUCCUGAAGCCACAUUUUUCUGAUGGAAGAAUUUAAAAUUUCAUAUUCACGCUGAGGAUCUGCUGGGGUGGAAAAAUACAAUUUAAUUAUCCAAAUAGACACAUCAAGCGGGGUUUUGUGAUGAAACA